CAUCACCCAUCGCAUCGCCCGCAUCGCCGCAGCGCUUCCCACUGCACGCGCACGCGCAGGCGCAGGCGCAGCAAUGGCGACGAACGCCUCGCCGCCGCUGCAGCUCGCCACCGCCUUCCGCCCGCUCGCCUCCGCCGCUGGGGGCGGGGGCGGGGGCCUCCUCGCGGGCGGCGGUGGGGUCGCGACGGGGCGCGGUCGAGGGCGGGCGCAGCGGCGGGUCGCGGCGCGGAGCGUGGCGAGCGAUCGGGACGUGCAGGGGCCCGUGUCGCUCGAGGAAGGGCUUCCAAGUGUGCUAAAUUCCAUUGACUCAUCUGCCAUUGCAUCAAACAUCAAGCACCAUGCAGAGUUCAAACCCUUGUUCUCUCCAGAGCACUUUUCGCCCCUGAAGGCUUACCAUGCAACUGCUAAAAGUGUCCUUGAUGCACUUCUGAUAAACUGGAACGCAACAUAUGAUUAUUACGACAAAAUGAACGUAAAGCAGGCAUAUUACCUGUCCAUGGAGUUUUUACAGGGAAGAGCUCUCACAAAUGCUAUUGGCAACCUAGAGCUAACUGGUGAAUAUGCAGAAGCAUUAAAACAACUUGGACAAAACCUUGAGGAUGUUGCUAGCCAGGAACCAGAUGCUGCCCUUGGCAACGGUGGUUUGGGCCGCCUGGCUUCUUGUUUUUUGGAUUCUUUGGCAACAUUAAAUUAUCCAGCAUGGGGAUAUGGACUUCGCUAUAAAUAUGGCCUCUUUAAGCAGCUCAUAACAAAGGAUGGUCAAGAGGAGAUUGCUGAGAAUUGGCUAGAGAUGGGAUACCCUUGGGAGAUAGUAAGAAAUGAUGUCUCCUAUCCUGUGAAAUUCUAUGGUAAAGUGGUUGAAGGCACUGAUGGUAGGAAGCACUGGAUUGGAGGAGAAAAUAUCAAGGCUGUGGCUCAUGAUGUCCCUAUUCCUGGCUACAAGACUAGAACUACUAAUAAUCUACGUCUUUGGUCAACAACAGUACCAGCACAAGAUUUCGACUUGGAAGCUUUCAAUGCUGGAGAUCAUACCAAGGCCUAUGAAGCUCAUCUAAACGCUGAAAAGAUAUGCCACGUAUUGUAUCCAGGGGAUGAAUCACCGGAGGGGAAAGUCCUCCGCUUGAAGCAGCAGUAUACAUUAUGUUCAGCCUCGCUACAGGAUAUUAUUGCUCGCUUUGAGAGUAGAGCUGGUGAUUCUCUCAACUGGGAGGACUUCCCCUCCAAAGUUGCAGUGCAGAUGAAUGACACUCAUCCAACACUAUGCAUUCCCGAGUUAAUGAGGAUACUGAUUGAUUUUAAGGGAUUAAGCUGGGAUGAGGCAUGGAGCAUUACUGAAAGAACCGUGGCAUACACAAAUCAUACAGUGCUUCCUGAAGCUCUAGAGAAGUGGAGCUUGGACAUAAUGCAAAAACUUCUACCUAGACAUGUUGAGAUCAUAGAAACAAUUGAUCAGGAGCUGAUAAACAACAUAGUCACGAAGUAUGGAACCGCAGACACUGCACUAUUAAAAAAGAAGCUGAAAGAAAUGAGGAUUCUGGAUAAUGUUGACCUUCCAGCUUCUAUUGCCCAACUAUUUGUUAAACCUAAAGAGAAAAAGGAAUCUCCUAUUAAAUCAAAGAAGAAAUUACUUGUUAAAUCUUUGGAUACUAUUGCUGAGGUUGAGGAGGAAACUGAGUUGGAAGAAGAGGAGACAGAAGUUCUAUCUGAGACAGAGGAGGAAAAUGUCGAAUCUAAAGAAGUUGAAGCAGAAGAAGAUUCCGAGGAUGAGUUAGAUCCGUUUGUAAAAUCUGAUCCUAAGUUACCAAGAGUUGUCCGAAUGGCAAACCUCUGUGUUGUUGGUGGACAUUCAGUAAAUGGUGUAGCUGAAAUUCACAGUGAAAUUGUGAAACAGGAUGUGUUCAACAGCUUUUAUGAGAUGUGGCCAACUAAAUUCCAGAAUAAAACAAAUGGAGUGACUCCCAGGCGUUGGAUCCGGUUUUGUAAUCCUGAAUUAAGUACAAUAAUUUCAAAGUGGACUGGGUCUGAUGACUGGGUGCUUAACACCGACAAGCUUGCAGAACUGAAGAAGUUUGCUGAUAACGAAGAUCUGCAUUCGGAAUGGCGUGCUGCUAAAUGGGCUAACAAGAUGAAGGUCGUCUCUCUUAUAAGGGAUAAGACAGGAUAUAUUGUCAGUCCAGAUGCAAUGUUUGAUGUGCAGGUGAAAAGGAUACAUGAAUAUAAGAGGCAGCUGCUAAAUAUCCUUGGAAUCGUCUACCGCUACAAGAAGAUGAAAGAAAUGAGUGCAGAAGAAAGAAUCAAGAGCUUUGUUCCAAGGGUAUGCAUAUUUGGUGGGAAAGCAUUUGCAACAUAUAUACAGGCAAAAAGGAUUGUUAAAUUUAUUACAGAUGUUGCAGCUACUGUGAACCAUGAUUCAGACAUUGGAGAUCUGUUGAAGGUUGUAUUUGUUCCUGAUUAUAAUGUUAGUGUUGCUGAGGCACUCAUUCCUGCCAGUGAAUUGUCCCAGCACAUCAGUACUGCUGGAAUGGAAGCUAGUGGGACCAGUAACAUGAAGUUUGCAAUGAAUGGCUGCAUUCUAAUUGGAACUUUAGAUGGUGCAAAUGUGGAAAUCAGGGAGGAGGUUGGAGAGGAAAACUUUUUCCUUUUUGGUGCAGAGGCACAUGAAAUUGUGGGUUUGCGGAAAGAGAGAGCUGAAGGAAAGUUUGUGCCUGACCCAAGAUUUGAAGAGGUUAAGGGAUUUAUCCGCAGUGGUGUCUUUGGGACUUAUAACUAUGAUGAGUUGAUGGGUUCUUUGGAAGGAAAUGAAGGUUAUGGACGAGCAGAUUAUUUCCUUGUUGGAAAGGAUUUCCCCAGUUAUAUUGAAUGCCAAGAAAAAGUUGAUGAAGCUUACCGAGAUCAGAAAUUAUGGACAAAGAUGUCUAUCCUCAACACAGCUGGCUCAUCCAAGUUCAGCAGCGAUCGGACAAUUCAUGAGUAUGCCAAGGAUAUCUGGAACAUCAGACCUGUCAUCCUCCCCUAGAGAGGUGUGGGUAUUAUCAGGCUAUCAGCGGCUCAAUUUCCGGCAACCCUCGGGGUUCAAGGAGCAAUUGGUCAGAGCAUUUGCCUCAGCCCCCUAGCAGGAAGCGCUGCUCGCCUCAGUUUUGUGUAGUCAAACGCAGGCAAGAUGAGGCAUGGACAAACGCAGGCAAGAUGAGGCAUGGAUAAAGAUGGCUAUGCAUGUUAGUUCCAUCUAUUGUAGUAAUACUAUUGGCAGUUGGUCAGUAUACCCUACCUAGCUUGAAGCUGGAUUUUGCCCUGUAUAUCCUUUAAUAAUGGUGGGGCAGGAAGACCAUCCACCCUUUGGCUCACUGCUGUUCUGGUGACGUGUAUUGUAUUGUUAAUGACUCCA